GCCCUGAAGAUGAUCUCAAUUAAGGUCGAAACGUUGGUACUGUAAUCAAAAGGUUUUUCUAACCUAUUCACACCAGACAGCAUCUCAUAAUCUUUAAAUAACCUGUUUCCAUCGUUUUAUUCCUACUGUUCCCUAUUUUCCUUCGUACAAUUCCUACAGUCCGCUCGCCUCAAAUCGCCUCCAAUUUCAUUACUCCUUUCCAGUAGUUUUUUUAAAAUUUCCUGAGAAGUUUCCUUUCGUUUUAUUUAUGCCCGAUCGCUAAGUAGUGACAGUAACAAAGUACGCGAGUGCCACGUCCAGAACCGUUCUGCAGCCGUCACAUCGCACCGGAUAAGGAUGGAGCUUUCAAUUGGUGUUCCAGCAGCAGAUUUAUGUCCUGGCAGUGGUUACGAGCAUAUCGAGCUACGACGCGGCCACGCUAAGAAUGGAGUCAACAGUACAUCGUGUUACCCGAGCCAAAUGCGAGAUUCGUCUGCUAGCAGUCCUGAAGUAGAGUGCGACCCUGAAGUGGCGGAAAGGGGGAUGGAAGGCGGAAUGUCCGGGGUCGGACGGGAGUCGCCGAGCAGCGACCAGGAAGACUCGGCGCCCAAAAGGAAACAGAGGCGCUAUCGGACGACGUUCACCUCGUUCCAGCUGGAAGAACUGGAAAAAGCCUUCUCCCGAACUCAUUAUCCAGACGUAUUCACAAGGGAGGAGCUGGCGAUGAAGAUAGGAUUAACGGAAGCCAGGAUCCAGGUUUGGUUCCAGAACAGGAGGGCGAAAUGGCGAAAACAAGAGAAGGUCGGCCCUCAAGCCCACCCUUACAGCCCUUACGUCGGUGCCCCAGCGAUGGCCCCCUCGCUCCCCAACCCUUUCAUGGGCCUGCGGAAGCCGAUCGACUGGAGACCGCCCAUGUUCCUCCAUCGGCCGCCGCUCCUUCCGAUUUUCCCCGGACCUCCUUUUCCAAACCUGUUGAUACCGAGGCCCAAGAUGGAAAUGGAUCCGCCACCCGAGGUCGACAUGCGCACCCACUCCAUCGCCGCCCUCAGGCUCAAAGCCAGGGAACACAUGGAGCUUUUAGGCGCUUCCGAUCUCGUCAGUUAACCUGUACAUAUCCAACUUAUAAAUACCUAUAUAAAUAAACGAGAUUCUAUAUAAAUUGUAAAUAGCGGUGCCUGAGAGACAGUAAGACGAAAUAUCUCCUUCGGUCGUUAACAUAUCCGUCCUUUUAAAUUAUAGUGUUAAGACAAACAACGCUUUUAAUAGUGCCUUUACUCAAGAAAAAUUGACAAAUUUACUGCUUAAGGCUGAUUUACAAAUCUGCCAUUUUUACACGAUAGUCGGUUCUACUUUUUGUUUAACUAAUGCGAUCUUCACUGGAACUUCACUUACCGAAGUGGUAACCGUUUGCCCAGUUCCAGCCAAAUUUCGAGACCGAAAAGAAUGGACUAUCACCUAAUAACGUAACAUUCAAAAUCGAUAGUUUGAAAACAUCAUAUUUACAAUCCUUUUCAAUAUAACUAAGCACUGCUGGAAAUAUUGCUGAUAUUUCUUCUACUGGGAAUAAUUUAUGUUUCGAGUUGAAUGUUUGUAUGCUUUAAAAGAUGAAAGUUUUGUAGUUUUGUUUCUAACAUAGGACACGGUGUAUAUACAAAAAAGCGCUUGUAAAUCAGCCUUAACUGAGAAAUUUGACAUAUUGGUGGCUUACAAAGCCCUCUACUCUCUUUUAAAGAGAAAUAUUAUUUAUAUAUUGCUAUCGUCGAAGAUAUUUCUUCAAGACAAAUUGGUGUCUUUCUUCUUGUAAAUAAAUAUUAAUUACAACAAAUGAUAUGCCUUCAUAGCUUAUUUCACUAUAUUUAUUAAGUAGUUUCAACUUGUGCAAUUUCAACAACAAUGCAAAAUAUAAAUAUGCAAUAGAUUUACAAUUUUUUGUGAUAGUAAUCUAUAAAAAGUUAUAUACAUAUAUAUGUCGAUUAUGUGGGUUAAACAUUCCGUCCAAUUACAUGACUUAUGUAUUUUGUAUUAAUUUUAUAUAAUAUACUUUUAUUUGUUCUAGUUAA